UGUUGGCGCCUCGUUCGUCGUCAUGUCGGCCCUGGAGAAGCAACUGCACCUGGGCCGCCUCCCGCCGAGGCCCCCAUUGCCCGGUGGCGGCGGCCAGUCCGGCUCCAAGAUGCGCAUGGGCCCUGGAAGAAAGCGUGAUUUUUCGCCAGUGCUUUGGAGCCAGUACUUUGAAUCUAUGGAGGACGUUGUGGUAGAAAAUGAAACUGGCAAGGAUACUUUUCGAAUUUACAAAAGUGGAUCGGAGGGGCCUGUGUUACUGCUGUUACACGGUGGAGGCCAUUCUGCUCUUUCCUGGGCUGUAUUUACUUCUGCAAUCAUUAACAGGAUUCAGUGUAGGAUUGUGGCUUUAGAUCUCCGAGGCCAUGGAGAAACAAAAGUUAGGAAUCCUGAAGAUCUGUCUGCAGAGACUAUGUCAAAAGACGUUGGAAACGUGGUUGAAGCUCUGUACGGGGACCUUCCUCCCCCUAUCAUGCUGAUUGGGCACAGCAUGGGGGGUGCCAUCGCAGUGCACACAGCGGUCGCAAAUUUGGUGCCAAGUUUACUGGGUCUGUGCAUGAUCGAUGUUGUGGAAGGUACAGCCAUGGAUGCGUUGAACAGCAUGCAGAACUUCUUAAGGAGUCGUCCCAAAACGUUCAAGUCACUUGAGAAUGCCAUUGAGUGGAGUGUAAAAAGUGGACAAAUACGAAAUCUUGAAUCUGCCAGAGUUUCUAUGGUCGGUCAAGUCAAACAGUGCGAAGGGGCUGCCAGUCCUGAAUGUCCUAAAGCCAUAGUGGAGGGUAUUAUUGAAGAAGAGGAGGAGGAGGAAGAGGACGAGGAAGGGGGAGGCUCUGUCAACAAAAGGAAGAAAGAAGAUGACACAGAGACAAAGAAGGAGCACUUAUACACGUGGCGAAUUGAACUGGCGAAGACAGAAAAGUACUGGGAUGGCUGGUUCAGGGGGUUAUCUAACCUCUUCCUAAGCUGUCCAACUCCAAAGCUUUUGCUUUUAGCUGGUGUUGACAGGCUGGAUAAAGAUCUAACAAUUGGACAGAUGCAAGGGAAGUUUCAGAUGCAAGUCCUCCCACAGUGUGGCCAUGCAGUCCAUGAAGAUGCUCCAGACAAGGUUGCUGAAGCUGUUGCAACGUUCCUGAUCCGUCACAGGUUUACAGAGCCCAUCGGUGGAUUCCAGUGUGUGUUUCCUGCUUGUUAAUACCCUGGUGUUCUCCAGCACUGAGUCCUGUUGUAAAUAAACUGCACCAGAGGCCACUGUGAUGUAUCCAUAUCCUUUCAUCUCUCCAGUUCAGCGGCAGUGAGAAGUUGGUGUGAGAUUCAUCCCCUAGAACUAGUUCUCCAGAAUGUGUAAAUGCUUAGGGACUUCCUUGCUGGGAAGCAGCUUGUACUGAAGACCAUGAAAAGCUCUUCAGGCCCUUGGAAGUGGGCUCCUCUCUGCUGCCACAAGGAAAGACCUCCUGAAAUCCCAAGUAGUCAAUCAUACCAAUCUCCAUCAAUUCUCAGGCUUUCUUGGACCCAACUGCAAAGGGGCUGUCGGCAGUCCAGAUCCACCGAGGGCAUUGCAGCAUAGCCAAAGGCUUCGGGAUUUCUCCAUGGAAUCGUCUAAUCAUCUUUGAAGUGCCCCUUAGGUUUGUUUUUUACAUACACGUUUCUUUCCCCGAAAGCAGACGAGGAAUCGGCUUCAUUGGGAGCUCAGGUUUCAUCUCACCUAUGCCAGCCUUACGGGUUAAGCUGCGGGAAGAGCCUGGGUGCUACUUUCCUGCACAAAGCUGGAGGGGACUGUAAAACAAAAAGGCGAGGGGGAACCAUGAGCUCCAUUUCAGAGUCUUGCGGCUUUCUUAAUACUCGUUUCAAGUUCUCACUGAGAAAAAUAGCCUGGAUAACUCCGUCUACUGCGGACACAUGACAGGCAGGGGACUCUGGGCCUGCAUUUAUGGGGAAGACCCAAGAGCAGCAGUAACAACGUGGUCUGCAGGCAGUCUGCCUGUUUGGCCGUUCUCUGCCCCUGGAAUGUGUUUAUGCUUCCCUUCUCGUAGCUGCUACACACAACUGAGCAGAGAUCAGCGCCUUUUGGAUGAAAAAAUGCAAAAUGUGCGGUAGAUAAAACCCUGGAAGAGCUUGGAGUCAGUCCUGCUGAUGUUGAUGCAGAGGUGUAGGCAGCUGCUGCGGUAUGCUCCCCCCAGUAUUGGAGGAAAGACCCUGUUUUCACUGUCACUUCCUAGAUUGUUUUGCUGCCUGCUUUCCACUUUUCUGUGUAAAUGCAGUAGUUACAUGGAGAGCUUUUUUUCAGGGUUAAACUAUCCACAGACAGUUUGUCAGGUUGCUUUCACCUAAGAAUCACUCUUGAGCGUAAGAGCAGACACAUUUUGGAGCAGUUUUCCUCAAUAUGUUGCUGGUGGAUGUCUGAAAUCUUGGGUUUUUGCCUUGUGUCCAUAACCCCUUGAUGCUGUAUGAUGAAAGCAGUAUUUUGACGCUGUUUUGCUGAGGCAGAGUUCUGUUUUGGCCUGAUUUGGGAGCUGCGAUGCGCAUCUGGGCGUACGUCCUGUGACAAGAGCCAUUGUGAAUUCCUGGCAUUUGAGAGGUGCAGGUGGGGCAAAGGGAGACGGUGUGAAGAGCGCAAAGCCCAGUUCAACUUUGGCGUUUACCCUGAUGGAGAGCCACU